GUCACACUGUAGAAGUUUUUUCAAGAGUUGAGAACACUGAUUCAAUAACCCACGUACCACAAAACGUACACUAAUAAUAAUAAAUAAAUAAAAUAAGAUUGAAUUAAAUAAAUGUUUAUUAAUAAAUGUUAUAAAUGUACAAUGGCGAGAAAGAUACCUUUUUAUCAUUUAAAAACUCCGGUGAGAUUGUGUCAUAAAAUGAAUAAAAUUCAUGAAAAACAAGGAACCAAAGUUUCACAAGAAGUUAUAAACUACUUAGAAUCUUCUUCAGAAUAUAAAAACAUUAUUAAUAUCGUGCCUAAAAGUCUACUGAGAAAAUAUAAAGCACCAGAAACUAUGUACCUUAUUAACGAAAACACCGCACGAAACAUUACGGAAACCCUAAAAAAGUAUAUUGAAAAAGAUGCACCUGUAGUCGAAGUGAAUCCUGGACCGGGACUUCUAACUCAAGAGCUUUUACAAUGCCAAAAAAAUAAACUUUAUUUAUAUGAAACUUCUAACCAUUUUGCACAAUGUUUGAAAGACCUUCAAACACAACAUCCUGAAAGAAUAAAGUAUAAAAUUGCUGAUUUUUUUGGAAUGUGGAAAUUAGCUUUUCAGGAUAAAAUGGACAAUGGAAACAGAAUAAAGGAAUUAUUAGAAGACCUAGCUACUGAUGAUAAAGAUAGAAUUUUAAGUAUUAUUGGAGCCAUGCCAAGUCUUUCCUUUGUGAAACAUUUAAUAAAUACAAUUGUUUUUCAUAAUGCCAACAAUCACUUAGGAAGACCAGAUCUGUACAUUGUGAUGCCAGGACAUCAUUAUGAAUUUCUUGCAGAUGCCUCAGUUCAAAUUAAUAAGCAUAAGUCGGUUCCUUCCCUUUUUCAACUACUUUUUGACUAUCAAGUCCUUAAUAAGGUGCCUAAAGUCCACUUUUUGCCUUGGACCUAUGCUUCAAGUACCCAGAAAGCCUCAGUGAUGGAUGAAUUUUGUCUGUACUUAGUGAAAAUAACACAAAAACCAAAACUUCCAUGUCUACCAAGUCACUUACCACUGUUGUGGUUCUUCUUCAAGCGGCAUACAUUCUCCUCAUCUACAAGAGUUAUACCGAUGUUAGAACAAUGGAUACCUGGUUGUGGAGUAUGGCUUAUUACUGGACAAGAUCCACCAGACACAAAUAAAGAAUUAUCACCAGGAAAAGAUGAUGCUAAAUUACCACAUAUGACUAUAUUUACAGAGUUUGGUGAUUUAAAUCUACAACAAAAACUGACUAUUUUUAAAAGGUUUGUCUCCUGGCCCGAAUUUGAACAGUGUCCAUUUCGAGUUACUAUGGAAAAUAAUUUACCAAAAUUUGCUUCGCAUAUUGACGACGAUGAUGACGUGAAACGUAGCAUUGUUUCUAACAUUGACGAAAUAGAACCUUCUGAUACCGAAACAUCGCCUGAUACCAUUUAAAUAUUGCUACAAUAAAGAAAUUAGGUAUAUAAAA